AUGUCUUCGCCGUGGGUCCCGCUGGAAGCGAACCCUGAGCUCUUUACAGAAUGGAGUGCGAGGCUUGGACUCGAUACGCAGAAGCAUGCGUUCCACGAUAUCUUUGGCCUGGAUGCUGACCUGCUGGCGAUGGUUCCCCAGCCGGUCGACGCGGUGCUCUUCCUCUUCCCCCUGACGCUCGGCAUCGAUGCGCGCCAGACGGCCGAGGACGCGGUGUACGCCGAGCCGAAGGACGCAAAAGAGCUGCUUUACCUCCCCCAGACGAUCGGCAAUGCAUGCGGCACCAUCGGCCUGCUGCACGCCAUCAGCAAUUCGCGGGCCGCCUCGGCUGUGCAGGCCGGCACGCCACUCGCGCAGCUCCUCGAGGCCGCGCGCAAUGCGCCGCAGGGGCAGCGCCCCCAGCUCCUGGAGACCUGCGAUGCGCUGCGCGACGCGCACGCACAGACCGCCGGCGAAGGACAGACGGCUGCGCCAGAGGCGCACGCGCAGGUCGACCUGCACUUUGUCGCCUUUGUGCGUGGCCCGAGCGGCAAGCUGAUCGAGCUCGAUGGCCGCCGCCGUGGACCGAUCGAGCGCGAUGUCGACGUGCCGACCGCCGCGGAUCUCUUGACGGCUGCGGCGCAGUUUGUACAGACCUACUAUAUGCAAGCGGAUCCCGACCAGGUGCAGUACAAUCUCAUUGCCCUGGGCCCUGGCAGCGCGUAA